AAAAAAGGAUGAUGUGCCCUCAAGGGUCUUCUAUGUACUCUAGAGGUUUAAUUUAGGAUCAAUUAGGAACGAUUUGUCUACACAUUAUGGCAGGCGGGAAAACAAACAAAUUCUUUAGCAACUUUGGCACAUUUAGCUAUAAGCGUUUAAAUUUAGCGGUCUUUUCGUCUCUUAUGCUGGUUCAGCUCUCAAAAUGGUCACUCAAAAGGGAUGUGAAACUAGAACACAUGUGCGCAGAUGCCGAGAAGAUUUCUGGGAAUGCUGCCCUCAAGAAGUUUGACUCUAGAGGUUUCUGGGCGAUUUUAGAGAGUAAAGACCCUGAAAAGGGUGACGUCUACGCCAAGAAAUUGCAUUCCAAAUCCAAUGCAACGAUCUGGGAAUCCAUCAUUACCUACAAGAAUGAGCCAUAUCUACUAAAGAGAGAUAUUAUAAACUUUAUAUCACCAUCGCAUGAUGAAACUUUUGAUGUAGAGUCAUCAUGGGAAAUCCAAAAAACUGUACCAACCACAUCUGGAUCUGGAAAUGAUAUAACUCCAGAAACCUAUCGCCGAGGAAAAAGAAUGAUACUUUUACUUUUGAUGGGAUCAAUUUAUUCCCUCUAUUACUUUUCCUCCAUGUACUUUAGAUUCAAAAAAAUGUUACCAUGCAUAUCAUUCAUAAAACACACUUGUAAGAAUGCCCCUCAAAUUUCGAACACUGUUGGUAAAGGCGCCAAAAUAAAAGCAAUAGAUGGUAAAAUUAGCCCAAACUAUUUCGAUGGAACUGUGAUCCUCGCAGGGGAAAAAGAUUUGACAAUUAAAAUGGUAACAUGUAGAAGCGGUGAUAAACCAUUUGAACUGCUCAAACUUAAAAUAAUGUGA